UUCGGUUUCUGUAGUUUCACAAUCACUACCUUGAUGUUGACUAAUGAUGAUCAUGAAGAUAGUGAUAUUGGUAAAUCAAAAUUAACUUGACGAGCCUACAGGACCAUGAUGACUCACGAGGCUACGACGUGAGGAAAAGCAGUGAGGCGAACUGCGUGGCAGUGAAGGAGCUUCAGGACCAUUUCAGCUCUUUCUAGGAUCCGCUACGCGUAGGAAAAUGACUCGUUUUCUGUCAGUCACGUCCUAUUGCCUCUUUGGAGGUAUCAGUGGAAGCCGAGUGACAGGUGGCGUACAACGACGGACUACACCUCCUUCUACAAGGUCAACAUCUCCGCACCACAGCAGGGCUGCAUCCUCCUCAUCAUGGAGCAUGUUGGAAGCGGGUAGAAAAGCAUCUAGUGCAAAUACUUUAUCCCAUGGUGUCAGUUCCUCAUCUGCUAGCAAAUCUUCUUCUUCAACAAGUGCCACUAGUAGAAAUAGUGCUACCAGUGGCACAGGAUCUUCAGAAGCCUCCUCUUCUUCAAGAACUUCAAGUGUAGAAACCCUCCUCGUAGAACAACAAUACCAAGCAGCUACAACAAGGAUCAGUGGUGAUGUUGCACCAGAUCAUCCUGGGGGGACACUGUCGAAUAUCAAAGUUCCAACUGUACCUCCAUGGCGCGGUCCUCAAGACGCUACUGAAGACGCUGUCUGGAUCGAGCGGGCAAUUCAAGAAUAUCACCAGGAAUUAUGACUUCUAGUAGAAUACUACUUAUCCAUUUCCAUCGUUAUUUUCGUUAUAUGUUAGCAGAGGAUGAGUGUACUUCAACAUGUUUCUACUUAUUUCAACGUGAAAACGACAUCAACGAGGUAGUGGAAUUGUUGUUCAGAUUAUCAUGAUGAGCGAUUGUCUCUGUCAUGUUGUAAGUUUUCCUUUUCGCGACUCCCACUUCAUCUAAUGCAAGUCAAGUUGGAAAAACCAGCGGCACCGACGACUUCGAUUGCCAGUGUGGUGGGUGGCUCUGCUCCGACAGCGCCUAUUCUUGCAAAUGUUAUAGGAGGUUCCACUGAUGCUCCUCCAGUGGCUCUCAUAUCCAAAGAUGAGAAGAGAAACGAGGCAGAUGUUGAUUAUGUUGUUGAUAUUUCUCUUAUUAAAUAAACGAGUUGAACUCAUCUCAUCCUCAUGUGAUGAAUCUUGCUCUUCAACAUCGAUCUUGUUUUUUUUUAAGCUAAAGUACAAAUUAAGUACCAACUUGAGCUGUUGAUACUAACUCCUGAAGGCUUCCGACAGCGCAUCGACGGAUGUCGAGUACGCUUCUGCUGUCGAAUCUCUGAGAAAGAAGAAUGAUGAGGAAGGCGUUUUUUUAUUUUAUGGCUUCAAGAGAUUUUCAUCCUCGUCCUGAUUUGAUUGACAGGAUUAGUGAGAAUGUCGCACUAUGAAAUUAUAAAUACUGAUCAAGAUAAACUUUCUGGGAAAAUAUCUUCCGUCCCCCACGUGUCUACUUUAGAUCCGUGCAGCUCCCAUCCCUCCUUCUAGUUCUACCUGUCCUCUUUCCGAAGAGCUCCUCUAGGCACACAAACGCGCAUCUUUUGCGCAUAGACCAGCUGGCUCCACCGACGUCCCUCACUUUCUCCUCUAACUCUUCUCUUUCUGGACAAGUUUAGGGACACAGAGAAGAAUCGAACCCAUGAUGGAUACUUGGAUGCGCAAGAUUGGUCCGAGGCAAGCUGUAAUGAUCACAUCAGCAUUUCCUUCACAUUAAGGCUCUAGAUGUCUACGGGUAAAUAAGGUGCUAAUUAUGCUACCGCAUUAAGGCUUCUAUGUAUUGAUCUACAGAUUGGUAAGUCUGGUGAAAUUCGCCAAUUAUUUUCUUCACUGAAUGUGAUACAUACUCUUACUCACUGCGUUUACCCAGUCGUGCAGACUUGUUUUACAUCUAUCGCCGGUACCUACUCAGGUUAAUUAAGUACUCGUAGUGCUGAAGGCGUUAGUUACAAGAAGGCUCGUCCCCAGCUGCAGGCGUCGUAUGGUCUCCAUUUGUUCAUCACUGCUAGAGUGUGAGUGAGCCGAUUUUCGGCCUAAGUAAGUACUUAGGUCAUCUCUAAUGACGACAAGAAGAGAACAGGAGGCUCAUUAGAGAAAAGCGUAAAGCAGGCAAAUUGCCACAUCGGGUAUACUAUGGCAUAGAUUCUUACGCGAUGACGUGACAACAUGAACAUUCGAUGCGUAAGUGUAAUUUUGGAUGUGCGAAGUCCACAUAAUUCUCCCUUGGAGGCUUGCACUAUACUAUCUUGAUUUCUUCUGCUGGUGGUCAGAAUUUUCGAGCUAACUUUUAUGAAUUUCAUGUAUGAUUAUGAUAAUCUAUUAGUAUUGUGUAUGAUAUUUUUUUUUAUCUAUUAUGAUCAAGAUCAUGUUGACCUACUCACCAACACGACCACCAGGUCUUCGCUCCUCUGGCUGGCCACUGCCAGCCACGAUUGCGUCGACGAUUGAACUAUACGUCUCUGACCUACAACGACAUGGCGUUCUAUGCUAUCCGGAAUAGUAUCCAGAUGUGCGCACUUCCUUUUGCGGUACAAGUCGCUUCCCGGAUUCCGAACCUUCAGUUUCUAGCCAGUUGCGAAGACGAUCAUUACUUACGGCUUGUCCUCGGGUUGUAUGUCUCACUCUCUGCGCGCUCUCUCAUUCUGGAUGACCAAAAUAAACUCGUACUUCUCAUAAACCGAGUAGGAGCACCAGUAGUAUCUACAAGUAUCACUUCAUACGAAUGAUUUUGUAGAGCACUUGUAUCACACGAAUGAGAUUGUUGAAGUUGCCGUGCUCGCAAUUACCUCCUAUCGCACUGACUCCUCCUCUAAAGUUCGUUCUCCCACAGGCUUUUCAGCUUCGAGUGGAGAACACCUUUUCCACGCCUUACCGUCACGAACACACUUUGAACAAGUUUCUGCCUAUUGGAUUUGAUGCGGGAACUAGGAUUAUGUCGUGUUGCAGUAGAAGUGAAUGCAAAUCAUAAGAUUACGCCAUAGAAGAAGAUUUUCUCAGCAAUCAACGAUAUUAAAUCCACGAAAUUGAUUGCACUUCUUGUUGUAGUUGUACGUGGAAGUAGAGAGGUUAUGCCAAAUCUAAUCUUGAGGCCUUGCUUCUCUUGCAGGAAGGAGAGAUGGAAAAGCAGCUGAAGAGCUAUCGAGCUGGCCGCUUUGGUGACUACGCGCACUACCUGCAAGACCCAGAUGUGGACUUGUUUAAGGCUAGUGCAUCGCUCCCCAUGGUUCUAAUCCACCCAAUCACUAGAUCCUAACGCUAGACUUACUAGAUUCUAAUCCACCCGAUUUUGGCAUAGCCGGGUUGGACGACACACAGCGCCGUUUGGUCAACACACGCAUGAUGGGCGCAAAGGAAGCUUCCGCGUUUCAGAAUAUUGACGAAGAUUUGUUCUUAUGGUGGAAUCAGAUAGUGUUAGUCAUAGUUGUGACAGUGAGUGGCCGCUUACUAAUGCUAUGUAGGAUGCUCCUUAUUUUUGUUUCAGUCUGGUAGUCGUAGUUUCGAAGCAUAUUGAUGCCACUUGUCCUAGUACCUAUUCAUUAAGAAUCGCGUUCUUAGAUUUCCUAUUCGAUGUCGAUUGUUGGACUUAUUUUCUAAGACACUACAACGCGGACCAGAACUCUUUUCAACGUCAGACGAGAGCGAGACCUACGCCCUCGAUGGAUUUAGUCUUCGUGGAGACCGAGGAUGCGGACGUAAAAACUACUUCAAAUAAUACGCACGUCUUCAACGUGGUAUCCAAAACAUCGUCAAAAUCGUCAAGGAAGAAGAAGGAGAAAGAGAAACUAGCAUCGAAAAAACAAGAGGAAGAGAAGGAGAAAAUACCAACUGAGGAGAAGCAAAACAUUAAGGUUCUCGUUCCUAACUCAUCUUACCCAUACCCUGCAAGCAUGAUCAAAGUCUAAGUGUCUUCCUUGAAUCAAUUAUACUUCCAAAGAGAACAACAAGAAAGAUGCAUCAGGCGAAAGUUGAAUACUGUUACUGAACACGAUUCCUAAGUAGAGCAAUCUAUUGGAGCGUGAGCGUUCGGAGUCUUUGGUGUUUGGCGGAGCAUCACGCUUGUCGCAAGACCCUAUGAUCAUGGGAAAAUGGACGAAUGAGGGCUGUCUUGGCGGAGUUUGCGGGCCGCUUGGUGUUGUUUUUAACGUUAAGGCAUUUGUUGUUUGAAGAUGGUGAAGUCGUAUCAAGUUCUAGUAGAGAGUGCAACAGCACCUGCUCUUCUUCUAACAUCACACCCGCUGUGCGCUUGUUGGGUGCUACCUUUUCAUACGAGCGAAUGCUUUCGCGCGUCGGCCGUUGGGUUGAUCCUGCAGCGGCUCCCAAAGCAAAACCCGUUACUAGCUUCUUAUCUUUGUCAACAUCGUCUGAUGCCAACAUCGAUGACAUCAAACAAGCGCCUGUACUAUCUGAAUCAUCUUCACAAGGAGCGGCAAAUCUGGACGAGCAAGAACUGUCGUUGCAACUCGUGUCACAGCACACAGCAGAGACCGAAGGUUGGCACGUCCAUCAUGAGCCUUCACUCGUAUCCAAAUCUCAAAACGAGCUGCCGGGAACUACCUGGAAAACCGAGAAAAUGACUGGAGCGAUUGGCAGUCCCGUGCAAGGAUCCACCUCUGCCUUAUGAGCAGCAUUUCAGCGACUUCACAGUCUCAUGAACUUUCACUUUCUUGUUUAGCUUUAAAUUUAUUGUGAUAUAAAAUGAUCAUCUACUUACAAAUGAAGCGACCUGCUUUUGUUUAAUUUAAUCAGCCCGUUUGGCGUUUGUACCUGCCAAGUGAUCUACUUCUAAGAAAACAACAAAGCCAAUUGGCUCAGUCGCGGGUACACCCUGUACCUUUGCCUCAGCAGAAGCCUGCUUUGCCGCAGCAGGUACUACCUCAGGGAUCUUCUGGCUUGGUACCGCAGCACGUAUUUUCAUCGUCUGCAGCACUGUCACAGCAGCCAUCUGCUUUUGUACCACAAGCACAACCAUCUUCCGUUCUCGUGCCACAGUCCCCUGCUGUUCUAGUGCCACAAGCUGUUUCUCCAGGCAUGCCACAGGCCUCUCCUGCAGCUGCACCACCGCGAGCAUUUCCUACGGGUGGCGCGCCACAAGCACCUCCCAGAGGUGUCGCGCCACAAGCACUAGUUCCAGAAGCUACAUCAGGAACACUUGUAGUAGGUCAAAAAUCGAACGUCACUCCCGCUUCACAAAUGGCAAAUACUGGAGCUGGUGCUGGUGUUCCAUCAUCUCCUGGGGUUCCUCCUGCUCUUUCCGCACAAGCGCGUGCUGGUGUUCCAUCAUCUCCUGGGGUUCCUCCUGCUCUUCCCGCACAGGCGCGUACGGUAGGAUUUAUAGCUUCCUCUAAUGCUCAAUCGAAAGCUGUUGUGCCUCAGACAUCAUCCUCGAACGCAGAAGUAGCUACUCCGCUACUUACAGCUACUUCAACAUCCCAACUAGGAGCGCCAGGCGUACAACAGGAGUCCCCGGGAGGCGUACAACAGUCCUCGGGCGGCGUUCAUCUAUUAUCGGAGAACAGAUUAGCAUUAGGAACCGGAUGGCACCAUGGUAACGUGGACAAGGGUGCUCAUGUCGUGGCACAGCCGCAAAUAGCUCCUCAACGAGCACCAGCAGCACAAGCUCAUCUUCACCCAUUACAAGCCUCCUCUUCAUUGGCAAAUACUAAUAUGAAGAACAUGAAGAAGAAGAUAGGACCACUAGCACCAGCUUCGGAGACUCAGUCCCACCAGUCCUCUCAAAAUCCAGAGAAAACAGUCCCAGUACAAGAGUCGAAGCAACAACAGCCAAAGGAGAUAGAGCAGGCUCAGCAGGUGCACCCUCAGUCUAAGCAGCAGGCAAAAAAGACACAGGCACAACCUCAACAUCAAAAAGCGAAGCAAUCAAAAUUUUCUAAGGUAAAGCCGCAACAAAAGCAAGACAAGAAGCAAAGAGAGCCAGCCAAAGAGCAGAAGCAAGCCCAACAGCCGAAGCAAGUUUAAGGCUCUUUCCGAAUUGGAUAUCUGAGUUUGAGAUCUAACUAAGAUUGAUGUUGUGAUGUACAACUUCUUGCACAGAUACUGAUACGAUACUGUAUAUUAGCCUCCCAUACCCGGCAACUAAAAGUUUAUCAAAGUAAAAGCGUGAACCUGGCUAACAUCGGGUUAACAUUAAGUACCUCACAGAUAUGACAUUAGCUCUAGUAGCCCAGUCACCAGAUCUAGUUGUACAUGUUCCUCUUUCAUCUUGAGAAGCAUAGGUGUUAUGAAAGCAAUCCACUUCUAACAAAUGCAAGAACCUAACAAAUCUCUUCAAACGGAUGAAAAGAAGGGGCCGGGAAAGCAAGGACAGCCACAAAAUCAGUCACAGAAGCAGUCACAGCCGCAAAAGCAGUCAUCACAGCCAGAGAAGCAGUCAUCACAGCCACAAGAGCAGGCGCAAAAGCAAGUACAACAACAAGUAGACGAACUACCACGACUAAAGAUUGGCCAGUUUGGUAUCCAUUCAGUACUUGGAUGGAUGAUGAAAGACCUUGCGAGAGCCCAUCUGGUGCGUUUGCUAGAGCAACCUUUAAGGGAAGGGUUUACGUUUACUCAUCUCUCUUAGUCCCACAUCCAGAUCGAUAAUUAGUUCAAUGUCAAACAUCCCCACGCUUGGUAGUUCGUUCUUGGUAGGUAUAGAUUUUUGUAAGCUUGCUUAUUAAGUUUUUCGAAUAUAAUGCAUGAUAUCGGGAUUCUACUUCUACUUGUAGCACGAUAUUAUUCAAGUUUGAACCGUUUGGGAAUUUGAGACGACCUCUAAAAGCAGCGUUGUUUGCGGAAUGGGCGGGUAGUCGUUCAUCUGUCGCAAGCACUGCGAAAAAGCUACCGAACGAAAAAACUGUCAUCUUUAUGAAAUUUUGAUGACAACCACCACUAGAUCUAGAUUUUUGAUAACUACUAGUUGUACAACUAAGGUACUAGGAUGAUCACAGACUCAGACAUGUUGUAGUCAGGUAUUUCUUGCUACGCUUUGAAUUACGAGCAAAAUUUUUUCAGUUUUUCAGAUCUUCAUCUCCACUCUUCUUCUCCACUCUUCCUUUUCUCUACCCCUCCCGUUUUCCUUUACGACCUUCCCUUUUCAUACCUCUCCACUACAUCACACCGCGAACCAAGGAGGCACCAAAGAUCUUUGAUGCUUACGCGCUAGACGAAUUAGUGGGGGAUCACAUGGCCAAGAAUCUCCCUGCUCCAAAAGGAAAUGCGAAUGCGCGAUGAAGAUUAUAGGGAGGAGAGAUAAUGAGUAAUACGGAGUACGAGUAGUAGUACAAGUAUAUUAGUAGUUCUAGUUGAUGGAUCAGGAAGAAAAAUAUUAUUAUCGAGUCUGAGCUGUGGUUGAACUUGAAGAAUUUAUGAUUGAAUAUUCUUUGAAGAACAAGAAUAGACUUAAGAAGUUAUGAAUAGUAGUUCUAGGCAGGGGACUUUAAUAAGAAAUACACCAGAAAAUUUGAAGAACCAGAUCGACGAAGGGGACUCCAAGAGUCUUCACAAUUUAGCAUAAUAUGAAUGACGAUGUUGUCAGCAGUAAGAGAGAAAGAGCAUAAUAAAUGAGGAUCUGUGGGAAUGUCGAUAAGAACAUGAAGUGUUGAAAUGAACCAGCAUUGAUGUUUUUAGCAAGACCAUCAACACUUAGACUUAGUUUUUAGGAAAUAUUAUCUAGGAUUAGGUCUACCUCAUGGAUACUCAGUAAUGGUAGCAGUGAAUCUUGGCAUUCUUGAGGAGCGAUUAGCCAUAAUUACAAGAAUGAUAGAGAGCAGAUGAAGAAGGCAUCUUCACACACAAGUGCACAUCAGGACCAGGAAACUAUUUCAUGCUUAGGCGCAGUUAGAGUCAAUUACAGAUUUUGUAUAUUGUGUACAGAUCAUGAACAUAAUGCCCCAUAAUUGGUCUGCUUCACAGACACAGUGAAGUUACUAGGGAUUGACCACCCGUUGUCAUGCUACAGAGAUACGGGGAAGAGUAGUUUGAAGGAAAUGUAUAGGCGUUACACGUGUGGUACUGGAUGAUAUCCUCCACAAGGAUGUGCAUCAUGCCCCAUUGCCAUUGGUCGGCAUUAACAUAAAAGAAAACGAUGAUGGAGAGACAUCCUCUUGACUCACGUAUUCUUGAUUGACUUGAUUGUCUUUGUACUUUUCCACGG